AUGGCCGAGAUGCAAGAGACUCUUGGCGGUGAGCCGUUUCCUCCUCUUGCCGACGUCGCCGGCGUCGCCGCCGAAGCUCCCUCUCCCAAGAUAAAGGGCCGUAAGAGACUGCUGCGAGGGAUUCAGCGCAUCUCCUCGUCGCCUUCACUCACCAACCUCCGCCGCGGCCGGUCCGCCAGCAGCCCGUAUCAUGGUGGGAGCCGCACCUCGCUCUCCUGCGUCAGUCUCGCCGGUGUUCCUCCUCAGACACCUCUCCGUUACGGAACUCCCCAACCCUCGCCCCUCGUCCGAUCCGACACCCCAGACUCCGAGUUUCCUUUCCACGACUGCGUCGAGCAGCAGCCUGGCGUCAGGACCGUCCGCGUCAUUCCCACAUCGAGGCCCUCGACCGCUCUGCUGCCCGCCGACCUGCGCGCCCAAACCAAGAUUGUCUCGAAGCCGCCAUUCCCAUUUUGGGACAACAUGCCCCAAGAAAUACGCAUUGCCAUUUUCGCUCAUCUCGAGCCCAGGGAGCUAGUCCGCGUCUCCCGCGUCAGCAAGACUUUUUACAAGUUUUGCUUUGACGGCCAGCUUUGGACCUCGUUCAAUGCCUCGGAAUUCUAUCAAAAUAUUCCUGCCGAUUCACUGGCCAGGAUUAUUGUUGCUGCCGGGCCGUUCAUUAAGGACCUCAAUCUGCGCGGCUGUGUCCAAGUCGAGCACUACCGACGCACCGAAGCCAUUGUCAAGGCCUGUAAGAACCUCAUCAACGCUACUCUGGAAGGCUGCCGCAACUUUCAAAAGGCAACCCUGCACAACCUUCUCGAGAGCAACGAAAAUCUGGUGCAUCUCAACCUUACCGGCCUCUAUGCCGUAUCCAAUCGUGCGUGCCAAAUCGUGGCUGACUCCUGCCCCCAGUUGGAGAGCUUCAACGUGUCUUGGUGCCAAAAGGUCGAUGCAAAGGGCAUCAAACUGGUAGUUGACUCGUGCAAGCGUCUCAAAGACUUGCGCGCAGGUGAGGUCAAAGGCUUUGACAAUCUGGAAACGGCCGAAAGCAUCUUUAGGACCAACAAUCUUGAGCGUCUAGUACUGAGCGGCUGUGCGGACCUCAGCGACGAGGCCCUCCGAAUAAUGAUGCACGGUGUAGAUCCCGAGAUUGACAUCCUCACCAAUCGCCCCAUUGUUCCGCCGCGAAAUCUCCGCCAUCUAGAUGUCAGUCGCUGCGCGCACCUCACCUCGGCAGGAGUCAGGGCUAUUGGCUAUGCCACACCUCAGCUCCAAGGCUUGCAGCUGUCGGGUUGCAAGACUUUGACAGACGCGGCUCUGGAGCCCAUCCUCGCCUCCACGCCUCGUCUUACCCAUCUUGAGCUUGAGGAUCUCGGCCAACUCACCAAUUCCCUCCUUUCAGAACACCUCGUCAAGGCACCAUGCGCUGCCUCGCUCGAGCACCUCUCCCUGAGCAACUGCGAAGAUAUUGGCGACACGGGUGUCUUGCCCGUCAUGCAGACGUGCACCAAGCUCCGCAGUUGCGACCUCGACAACACUCGCAUCAGCGAUCUCGUCCUCGCCGAAGCCGCCGCCACCGUCGCCAAGCGCUCCACGCGCUCCACGCAUCCCAACCCUCCGAAUGUUACGCUGUCCCUCGUCGUCUACGAUUGCCACCAUGUAACAUGGGCCGGCGUGCGCGAGGUGCUUUUCCGCAACGCCCAAAUGAAGGCCAAGUCGGUUGGCGUCACCUACCCGAGCGAGACGAUAUCCCUCAAGUGCUUCUACGGCUUCCAGAUGACCGUCGACGAGCACCAGAAGCGCGUUUUGCGCGGCGACUUUCUCGCCGCCAGCCGCCUCGAGCGCAAGUGGGCAGACCACAUGCAAGCCAGCGAGGAGGCCGGCGCCGUCGGUGCGGGACACCGGAGGCGCAGACGGCGCGCGCGCGAGACGCACGCGCUGCAUCUUGACGAAGAAGAUGGCGUGAUCGGCCGACGACGAGCCCGAACCAUGGGAUCCUGCAGCGUCAUGUAA